UACUUGUAGUCACUACCUCAGUUGCUAUACGACAGGCGUUACUCAUGAGCUAUAGAACACUAAUGAUGCAAAAAACAAUAAUAUAAUACUAAAUAAGUGUUGCUAUAAAUAGUAGUGAUUGAAAUUUUCGUAGGAUUUAUAUUAACGUGGGAAAGUAGCACAUAGCCAAUGGGCAAUCGAGAAGAAAAAAAACCUUUACUGGUAGGAAACAAAAAUGGAGAACCUUCAUCAAAGCCCUAUUACUUGAGCCUUGAGGAAUCCAAAACUUCAGGUCUUGAAAAUCAUCAAAAAAUAACAUAUACAUGGACUAAUAUGAAUGUACAUACAAAGAAUGGGAAAAGUCCAAAUGUAUACCAAUCGAUAACAUCUUUAUGUUCAAUGGGCUCAGGACAGAAAAAGCAAAAAAAAAAAAUUUUAAAAAAUGUUAGCGGCUCUGCUCAUCCAGGUGAACUUUUAGCCCUUAUGGGAUCCAGUGGAGCAGGGAAAACCACCUUGCUUAAUUCAUUAACAUUUAGAAGUGACAGAAACGUUGUAGAAACUGGUGUUAGAGCUAUAAAUGGUGUACCUAUAAACAGUAAAACGUUAACUGCUGUUUCGGCGUACGUUCAGCAACACGAUUUGUUCAUUGGAACUUUAACUGUUCGAGAACAUCUUACCUUUCAAGCUUUAGUCCGGAUGGAUAGACACAUCCCACAUCACAAACGAAUGGCUCGCGUUGAAGAAGUUAUACAAGAGCUAUCACUAAAAAAAUGUGAAGACACAAUUAUUGGUGUACCUGGUAAAUUGAAAGGAUUGUCAGGCGGUGAAAUGAAACGGUUGUCAUUUGCUUCAGAAGUAUUGACUGAUCCACCUUUAAUGUUCUGUGAUGAGCCUACAUCAGGGUUGGAUUCAUUCAUGGCUCAAAAUGUUAUAAGUGUUUUGAAAUCAAUGUCUACAAAAGGAAAAACUAUCAUAUGUACUAUACAUCAGCCGUCUUCAGAAGUAUAUUCAAUGUUUGACAAAAUCCUUUUACUAGCAAACGGUCAAACUGCUUUCUUGGGAACACCUAAUGAAGCCAUUGAUUUUUUCAAAACCCUUGGGGUAACUUGUCCGAAAAAUCACAAUCCCGCCGAUUUCUUUAUUCAAUUAUUGGCAAUUGUUCCAACACAAGAAGUAGCUUCACACGAAACUAUUGAAACAGUAUGUGAAGCCUAUGAAAAUUCAAUCUACAAACAAAACAUCAUGGCUCACCAAAGAAACUUAAUGGAUAUGAAAAAAAAUUCAAUCGAAUGGGAUCAUAAAGAAUUGUCAAAUCGUUCACCAUAUAAAGCCACGUGGCUAGAACAAUUUUCAGCAGUUUUCUGGCGCUCUUGGUUAAGUGUUAAAAAAGAACCGACCAUUACAAAAGUCAGGAUGGUCCAAACAAUAAUGGUAGCUUGUUUGAUCAGUUUUAUAUUUUACAAUCAACGUUUAGAUCAGGAUGGUGUUAUGAACAUUAAUGGAGCUUUAUUUAUGUGUAUAUCAAACAUGACUUUCCAGAACGUGUUAGCAGUUAUAAAUGUUUUUUGUUCUGAACUCCCAGUAUUCAUGCGUGAACACUACAAUGGCAUGUAUAGGACAGAUGUUUAUUUUUUGUGCAAAACGUUUGCUGAAAUACCAAUAUUCCUAGUUAUACCUGUAUUAUUUACUGUAAUAAUAUACUAUUUAAUUGGUUUGAAUCCAAAACUAAUUCAUUUUUUUAUAAGCAUAAUAAUUAUAACAUUAGUUAGUCUUGUCGCAGUUUCUUUUGGUUACUUAAUUUCAUGUGUUAGUGGCAACAUUUCAGUAGCUCUAUCAAUAGGUCCUACUAUAGUUAUACCUUUUCUACUUUUCGGAGGAUAUUUUUUGAAUGUCAACUCAAUUCCUUCCUAUUUUCGAUGGCUAAGCUUCUUUUCGUGGUUUAAGUAUGCCAAUGAAGGAUUACUCAUUAAUCAGUGGGCUGAUAUCAAUAGAAUUGAAUGUAACAGAGUUAAUACCACAUGUCCACGGACUGGUCAUGCUGUUUUAGAAUCAGUGAACUUUCUAGAAGGAAAUUUCUACAUGGAUAUUGUUUUACUGUUUUGCUUAAUUAUCAUAUUCAGGAUACUUGCAUUUUUGGCUCUUCUUGCAAGAACCUCAAGGAAAUAACAAUAUUUCAAUGUCACAUAUUCUAUUAAUUUAGAAAAUUACUUAAAGAAUGCACAUAACUACUUAAUCAAUUUUUUUAUAAAAAAUUAUUAAUAAAUUAUAUGUACAUAUAUACAUAAUUAAUUUUUCUAUUGAUAAGAAAGUAGUAUUUAAUUGAUCUGUCAGAGCACAUGUGAAUAAAG